CGGAUGCCAGUCUCUCUCUCAAGGCUCUCUUUGUCCCUUAUCGGCUCACGGUUCUCACUUUCUCGCCCCACAGGCAGAUUUUCUUGAAGCCAAGAAAGAGCAAGAAAGAGAAAGAAAGAGAAGGAAAAUUUUCUUCAGAGGAAGAGAAGGCAGCCGAACGACGACGAAGCGGAUAACAAGAGCAAACCCUAGGAGAGUCAUCGUCUCCCAUGGCUCACUAAACUCCUCCUAUGCUUUGUUUCGUCCACGAUCUGGUUUCGAAACCCUAGGGCAACCAACCGUGGCUGCGGCGCAGGCUCGAAAGGCUCUUAUACGAUUUGGUUUGUAGAGAACCCUAGAUUCAGUACGGUACGGAUAGGCAGCUGUGAGCUCUGUUGUUUUUUGGGCGUGGAAAGGCGAAGACUUUGGUGGGCAUACGGCCGAGAGAGAUCUUGGCGGUGGUGUUUGGGGUUUAGAAUUAGGGUUGUGAAGGUGUGGCUGCCCAUGCGAUUGGGUUGAUUUUGAUGCCGCCAGAACCAUUGCCUUGGGAUCGGAAAGACUUCUUCAAGGAGAGGAAGCACGAGAGGUCGGAGUCCCUUGGCUCUGUGGCACGAUGGAGGGACUCGCCCCAUCAUGCACCUCGCGACUUCAAUCGUUGGCCUUCAGCCGAUUUUCGCAGACCACCAGGUCAUGGUAAGCAGGGUGGUUGGCACCUAUUUUCCGAGGAUUCUGGUCAUGGCUAUGCAUCUUCUCGGUCUGGUGAUAAGAUGCUGGAAGAUGAGAGCUGCCGACCAUCAUUUUCGCGUGGAGAUGGAAGGUAUGGUAGGAACAGCAGGGAUAACAGAGGGUCUUACAGCCAGAGGGAAUGUAAAGGUCAUUCUUGGGAAACCAGCAGUGGGUCUCCAAACACACCGGGCAGGCCAAAUGACGUGAUUAAUGAACAAAGGACGCAGGAUGAUAUGCUGACAUACUCAUCUCAUCCGCAUUCUGACUUUGGAAGCACAUGGGAUCAGAUUCAAUUGAAAGACCAGCUUGAUAGGAUGGGCGGUUCUACCGGUCUAGGUGCUGGCCAGAAAUGUGAGAGAGAGAACUCGUUGGGCUCAAUUGAUUGGAAGCCCCUUAAAUGGACGCGGUCUGGAAGCAUGUCUUCUCGGGGUUCAGGUUUCAGCCAUUCAAGUAGCUCAAAGAGCAUUGGGGCCAUUGAUUUCAAUGAAGCAAAGCUUGAGUCACAGCUGAAAAAUGCCACUCCGGUGCAGUCUCCUUCAGGAGAAGCUACUACCUGUGUGACAUCUGCUGCACCAUCAGAGGAAACAACUUCUAGGAAGAAGCCGCGCCUUGGAUGGGGUGAGGGAUUGGCAAAGUAUGAGAAAAAGAAAGUCGAGGUCCCUGAUGGAAGCAUGAACAAAGAUGGGGCUGUUUGUUCUGUUGGUAACAUGGAGCCGGUCCAUUCUCUGAGUUCAAAUUUGGCUGAUAAAAGCCCUAGAGUUACAGUUUUCUCAGAUUGUGCAUCUCCUGCAACUCCAUCCUCUGUAGCUUGCAGUUCCUCUCCAGGUGUGGAGGAGAAAUCAUUUGGCAAGACAGCAAAUGUUGACAACAAUAAUAGAAACUUUUUUGGUUCCCCUGGUCCUAUGUUUCAGAGUCAUCAUGAGGGAUUCACAUUCAAUUUGGAAAAGUUGGAUUGCAAUUCUAUAGCUAAUUUGGGCUCAUCACUACGGGAAUUGCUUCAAUCUGAUGACCCAAGUUCAGUGGAUUCUGGUAUUGUGAGGCCUACUGCAAUGAACAAGUUACUUAUAUGGAAAGGUGAAAUUUCGAAGGUGUUGGAAGUGACCGAGUCAGAAAUUGAUUCACUUGAAAAUGAGCUUAAAGUAUUGAACUCUGAUUCUGGUGGCAGCUGUCCACGUCCAGCAACUUCUAGUUCUUUGCCUUUGGAGGACAUUGAUAAAUCUUUCAAAGAACAGGUUACUGUCACCAAUUUGAUCACUCGGCCUGCUCCAUUGCAAAUUCAUUCUUCUGGGGACACUGAUGUGGAGAAGAUGUGUCUUGGUAAUGGUGACCAGGUAGAAUUUUGUGGUAUUGUUAAGGAUGAGGAUAUUGAUAGUCCUGGAACAGCGACGUCGAAAUUUGUUGAACCAUUACCUUUGGUAAAGGUGGUUUCUUCAUCGGAUGUGAUGAGUCACAAUGAUUGUUCUGGGGAUUUGGAUCCAAUUGAAAUGACCAAAGGGGAAGCAAAAUGCUUAGUGCCAGGAAAGUAUGAAGAAAAGACUGACCUGGCUGCUUGUGGAAAUAGUAGCAUGCUUUUGGGUAGUGAGAUAGUUGCACCUGUUUCUGGUGGUUCCAGUCUUUGUUUUAGUGUAGUUGAUACGAUAUGCGAUUCUAUAUGUUCUUCCAAUAAAGAAUCUGCAAAUAGAUCAUUUGACGUAUUUAAUAAGCUGUUACCAAGAGAGCACUACAAGGUUGAUAUAUCUGGAGUUAGUAUUUCCUCAUCUGGGAAGAAUGAUCCGUUGAUCAAAGAGAAGUUCGCCAUGAGGAAACGGCGUUUAAGGUUUAUGGAGAGAGUCUUAACCUUAAAAUAUAAAGCCUUUCAACACCUGUGGAAGGAAGACUUGCGUUUGCUUUCCAUACGAAAAUAUCGUUCGAAAUCUCACAAAAAAUUUGAAUUAAGCUUGCGAGCAACAAAUAAUGGGUAUCAGAAGCAUCGCUCUUCUAUUCGAUCUCGUUUUGCUACACCUGCAGGAAAUCUGAGCUUGGUCCCAACUACAGAGAUCAUUAAUUUUACCAACAAGUUGCUGUCAGAUUCCCAAGUCAAGCUUUAUAGGAACUCAUUGAAGAUGCCAGCCUUAAUCUUGGACAAGAAGGAGAAGAUGGUGACGAGGUUUAUUUCUAGUAAUGGCUUAGUUGAAGAUCCCUGUGUUGUUGAGAAGGAAAGGGCAUUGAUGAACCCAUGGACGCCAGAAGAGAAAGAGCUGUUCAUUGAAAAGCUAACCACAUGUGGGAAGGAUUUCAGAAAAAUUGCUUCUUUUCUUGAUCAUAAGACGACUGCUGACUGUGUUGAGUUCUACUACAAACAUCACAAAUCUGUUUGUUUCGAGAAAACAAAGAAGAAGGCUGAUAUGACUAAGCAAGGAAAGUCUUCAGCUAAGACCUACCUAAUUUCAAAUGGGAAAAAAUGGAAUCGUGAGAUGAAUGCUGCUUCCCUUGAUAUUUUGGGUGCUGCUUCUGCAAUCGCAGCUCAUGCCGAUGGUAGCACGAGAUCUCGACAGGCAUAUUCAGGAAGGUUGUUUUUGGGAGGGUACAGGAAUACUAAUCCAUCACGAGGUGAUGAUACCACUGUCGAAAGGUCUUGCAGUUUUGAUGCUAUUGGGAAUGAAAGAGAAACAGUUGCUGCUGAUGUUUUGGCAGGUAUAUGUGGCUCGCUGUCAUCUGAGGCUGUGAGUUCUUGCAUCACUAGUUCUAUUGAUCCUGGUGAGGGUUACCGAGAAUGGAAGUGCCAGAAAGUGGAUUCGCUAGCGAGGCGACCUUUGACGCCUGAUGUUAUGCAGAAUGUUGAUGAUGAGACUUGCUCAGAGGAAAGUUGCGGAGAAAUGGAUCCUUCUGACUGGACAGAUGUGGAGAAGUCUAGCUUUAUACAGGCAGUGUCAUCCUAUGGCAAGGAUUUUGCUAUGAUCUCAAGAUGUGUUCGAACGAGGUCCCAACAUCAAUGCAAGGUUUUCUUUAGUAAAGCUCGAAAGUGCCUUGGGCUUGAUUUGGUACAUCCUGUGGCUGGAAAUGGAACAUCUGUUGGUGAUGAUGUUAAUGGAGGUGGGAGUGAUGCUGAAGAUGCCUGUGUUCUGGAAACUGGUUCAGGUAUUUCCAGUGAUAAGUCAGGGUGUAGAAUGAAUGAGGACAUGCUCUUGUCUGUCAUUAACAUGGAUGAUGAAUCUGAUCCUGCAGAGACCAUGAAUUUGCAAACAGGUCCACUUAGAUCAGAGGAAAACAAUGUAAUGGGACAAGUAGAUCAUGAAGGUGGUAAGACACUCAAAUCUCUGGCGUCUGAUGCAGUAGAGGCGGAGGAUAGGCCUAAUCUAGUUUUGGAUGAUGCCGAUUGUGUAAGAGAUGCCCAGAAAAGUCGAGUAUGCUCUGCAGAUGCUCCAAGAGAUGAUGUGGCUGAAAAGGGAAUAUUAAUUGCAGAAUCACUUCCUGUUGGUGGGGGAAUCAACUUUGACCCAACUAAUCCUGGCAUGGAUGGGGAAAAAUUGAUGGGUGAACUUUCUUCUGAUGGCAAUACUGAUACAAGCAGAUGCAGCCUACCAGGUUCAGUACACGAUUCUAAUUCAAGUGGCAAUGCUUCUGCCCUGGCUGGUGGUGGUUCUUGUUCAGGUUUCAGUCUUAACCCUGAGUGCCUGCCUCAAGUUUCUGUGGGGCUGAAUUCUUUGCAAAAUUCUUCUGUCAUCUCAAUGCCACAUGAGAAUCGUCAUGCUCCUGCAGAUUCCGUGUCACAAGAUUCUGCUAAAAUUGAAUGCGAGAAAGCCCUUAACCAAGAUAGGUUGUCGUCAACCCUGGAUCUACAGGAGGGUAGAGAGCCUAAAUCUGUUGGGAUAGAUGAGUGUCACAAGCACUUACCUGGUCUUCCAAUAUAUACAAAUGUUGAAUCCUUUCAGGUUCUCAAGGGCUAUCCAUUGCAAAUGGCAACCAAGAAAGAUACUAAUGGGGAUGUAACGUCUGGUAAUUUAUCUGAAGUUCAAAACUUUUCAAAGCCAGACAGGAAGAUCAAUGGUCAUUAUAUGACGAAAGAUGGCUUCCUUCAAUUUGGUAACUGUAAGCCGCAAUGUUCAGAGGUUGAUUUUCCCCUUGCUCCCCAAAAGGUAGAACAACCAGUUGGCCCUCCAAAAGCCCAUUCAUGGAGUUCAUCAGAUUCAGAUAAACCAAGCAGGAAUGGUGAUGUGAAACUGUUUGGUAAAAUACUCAGCAAUCCAUCAUCCCUGCCCAAGUCAGGUUCCAACAUCCAUGAGAAUGAAGAAAAGGGAGCUCACAACCAUAAGUUAAGCAACACGUCAUCUAACCUAAAAUUCACUGGGCAUCACAAUGCUGAUGGAAAUUCUUCUGUCCUGAAGUUUGAUUGUAGUAGUUAUCUGGGGAUUGAGAAGGUUCCCAGGAGGAGUUAUGGCUUUUGGGAAGGGAAUAAAGUGCAUGCUGGUUAUCCAUCUUUUCCUGAUUCAGCUAUCUUGCUGGCCAAGUACCCUGCAGCAUUUGGCAACUUUCCUACUUCCUCUUCCAAAAUGGAACAGCAGCCAUUGCAAGUCAAGAACAACGAUCGGAAUAUGAAUGGUGUAUCAGUUUUUCCUUCCAGGGAAAUUAGUGGCAGCAAUGGAGUUGUGGAUUACCCGGUGUUCAGUAGGAGUCGGGAUGGUGCUAAAGUGCCCCCAUUUACAGUAGACGUGAAGCAGCAGCAGCGGCAAGACGUAUUUGAUAUGCCAAGACGAAAUGGGUUUGAUACAAUUUCGAGUUUACAGCAGCAAGGACGGGGGAUUGUUGGGAUGAACGUAGUAGGGAGGGGAGGGAUCCUUGUAGGGGGUCCAUGUACUGGUGUUUCAGAUCCUGUUGCUGCCAUAAGAAUGCAUUAUGCAAAAACUGAACAGUAUGGGGGGCAGCCGGGGAGCAUGAUUAGAGAGGAAGAGUCCUGGAGAGGAGGUAAGGGUGAUGUAGGAAGGUAGUAGAUGUUGCAGAGGGCCUUUGAGAGAGGCCCUCAGUGGCAAAUUAUUUAUUUGCUGCGCCCUGUAUAAUAGGUUUUUUUGUGUUCAGUCAGUGACGUGAUAGGGCAAUGGACGGUUUAAAGUCCCCGUCUUUUUGGUAAAAUGCUUUUUAGGUGCUUGUAAUAUUGCAGCAGCUUUGUAUUUGUUGUAUUUUAUGGAAAAUACAGAAAUAAACUGCAAAAGUUGGGAGGGAUGGAUUUAUUC